AUGGUGAUAACACCGUCGCGAUCUGAUGCUAAUCUCAGUCAGUCGCACAACCUAGAAAAUCGGGUCGGCGCAACAUCAUCAUUCAUGACAGAAUGCGGUGGUGAUUCAUCGCGGGACAAAGGCUCUCUGGUUGCACCACCAAUUCAACAUGUACCCGUCAUUGAUACUUCCAUCGACGUCGAAGGGGAUGCGGAAGACGAUGAGGAUGAGGCAUACAAGCACGAAAUCCCUACCGAACUCUUGAAUGAGCAAGUCGUGCACGCUGGCUUCUUGUUGAAGCGCGGAGAUAAACACAAGAUGUGGAAGAGGCGCUGGGUCGUUCUUCGUGUCUCACAAAUGGCCAUGUACAAGAACGAAAAAGAGUACAGACUCGUUAAUGUGCUGAAUGUGAGCCAGAUGCAUUCGAUUGCGUCCCUUGAAAUGAAGCGCUUUGGAACUGUCAUAUGCAUUGUCACGCCCGACCGGACAUGGUAUUUCCGUGCACGAGACCAACACGACACAUCCGCUUGGCUCAAUGCUUUGCAUCAUGUGCAAGGACAUACUCCAGAGCAGCAUCUCGUGGCAGCUCCUUCCGUGUACGACGCAGCGAGCCAUACUCCUGGAAUUGCGAUAAAGGACUCGGCGGGUCAUACAGACGAUUAUCACCCACACGACCGACAUCGUUUGUAUAACCAGCAUACAAAUCACCCGCAUGUGGCAACACAUGCGACUCAUCCCGAGCAGUCUCAGCCUCAGCCCCAUCCUCCGGGCGAAUGUGCACGUCCUGUUCCGACAACGACGGGCGGUCACCUUCUCAGCAGUUCUGACGAUGAUAAUGAGGCUGAUGACACCAUCGCUUUUGGCUUGGGUGGGGAGGCGGCCGCUGGAGUGGCUACUCCCUCUCCGGCUCCUGUCGAAGAGGAUAGAAGCCGCGUAAUUGCUCAGGGCUAUGCUCUGAAGCAAAGUAGUCGGCGCAAGCAAUGGCGCAAGCGCUGGUUUGUGCUUACUCUCGACGCCUUAUACUAUACACGCAGUCAUAUGGAUACGCGCGCACAUCGCAGUAUACCCACGACAUGUAUCCUUGAUACCAUGGAAUGUGAUGUGCCAAGUGUGGGUUCGCCAACGCUUUCGCUGUCGCCAGGCACCCUUGGACGACUUGGAUUUGGAUCAAAUAUCCCUGAAAUGCGGUGCCGUGCCCCUAUGCCGGGUGUGCAUCAACGUGAUGUAUAUGCCCAUGAAGUACAGCAUCGUGUCUCAUCAUAUUCAUUCCAAAUCGUCACUACAGAGCGUACGUUCGUCCUGUGCGUGCCAACGGAGGACGACGAAAUUCGCUGGCUUAGCGCUCUUCAAACACUACUCAACAGACAAAGACGAUCCGUCAGAUAG